CACACCACCGGUUCUCGCUGCAUAGCCCGAGUCAGUUAGAUAUGUGUAUGUUUGUUAACUAACAUGAGGCGUCUGGUACAGAGAUAGAUUUUUAAACAGAAACGCCUCUGUACGUCGUGUUUUUUUCACCGGAGAGCCCUCCCUUCUCUGCCUGGCGUGUGUUUCAGCUGAAAGCCUGCCGUGGAGCUCUUGUCUCACAGGCCGCGAAUCGGGUGUUGUUGCUGGGAGGGGACCAUUCAGACUCGCCUCCGUGCUAGCAUUAUUAGCUGGCUAUGAUGCGUCGCUGCUGCUGGUGUAUUUUCUACACAGCAGGCCACUGUAAAGCGAGGCAGGUCCUUGGUUAAUUGUUUAUCCCGACAGAAUUGAAGGGUGACUUGGAAAUACACCACACCUUUCAAGGAUGGACGUUGAUUUGUGUGCUGGCGGGGACAGUACCAGGAGAAGAGGGGAUUUGACUGGAGUUGCAGAAGGCACAAUGGACGUCGUACCAUUAGAGAUGUAUGAUUCUGCCAGAGCAAAAAUAGCUGCCAACUUACGGUGGCUGUUUGCCAAAGCCUAUGGCAUUGACCAUAUUCCAGAGGACUUACGGGACCCGUUCUACACAGACCAGUAUGACCAGGAACACAUCAAGCCGCCUGUCAUCCGCCUGCUGCUGUCCUGUGAGCUCUACUGCCGUGUCUGCGCCCUCAUCCUCAAGUCAGAGCAGGCAGCGUCUCUUCAGUCCCACCUGUCUGUUAUCCAGGCUCUGUCCAGGAAAGGCAUAUAUGUCGUGGAAAGUGAUGAUACACCUGUCACAGAUGGGGACCUGGCCUGUAUGCCCAUCAAAAUGAGUGCUCACAUGCCCAUGAUCGAUGCCCUGAUGAUGGCGUACACAGUGGAGAUGAUCAGCAUCGAGAAAGUGGUGGCUUCUGUCAAGCGCUUCUCCACCUUCAGUGCCUCCAAGGAGCUUCCCUUUGACCUGGAGGAUGCUAUGGUCUUCUGGAUCAACAAGGUGAACAUGAAGAUGAGGGAGAUUACAGAAAGGGAACACAAAGUCAAGCACCAUCCCCUUGAAUCCCCCAGCCACCAAAAGGUACGGUAUCGCCGGGAGCAUGCCUCAGGCCGACAGCUGCCCUUCUUCCCACUACUGGAAGACCUGAUGAGGGAUGUUUGUGACGGGGCUGCACUGCUCACAGUGGUCCACUGCUACUGCCCAGACCUCAUGAAGCUGGAGGAUAUUUGCCUGAAGGAAGUACCCUCCAUCGCUGAUAGCCUGUACAACAUCCAGCUACUCAGAGAGUUCGCCAACGAGUAUCUUAAUAAAAGUUUCUAUCUGACAACGGAGGACAUGCUGUACUCGCCGCUUGUGCUCAAGCACAAUGUGAUGGUGUUCAUUGCUGAACUCUUCUGGUGGUUUGAGACUGUCAAGCCUGAGUUUGUCCAGCCUAGAGAUCUCCAAGAGUUUAAAGAUGCUCGAGCCAUAGCUCAGCCCAAGAGUGCCCGCCCAUCAGUGCCUAUCUCCAACGCCACCAAGCGCAGCUUCCUGGCCAGCCCUGGUGUGGCCGAUAACCAGAGCAGCCCAGAAGUCUGUAACAGGUACUUCCUGCACCCUGAAGACUCUGACCCCCUUAAAGGGGGACCGACCUUCAGUCCUUCCCAUCCACUCCUGCCCCUCCGACAGAGGCAGCAAAAGCAGCAGGGAGAGGAUGGUGCCGGUCUCAGAAACCGCUCCAACUCCCUGACUCAGAUGGACGGACAACCCAGAGGCUCUGUUCUUGCAUGGCCCGAUAAAAGGCAGAGACCACUGUCCACACUGAGCCCCUACAUGUUUCAUUCAGCCACAGACAGUGAUGCAGACGUAGCUUCUGGCGACAGCGUGAGUCUGGCUCGCUCCAUAAGUAAGGACAGCCUGGCAUCCAACGUCAUCGCCGUAACACCCAAACACAUGACUUCUGCCCACCAGCCAUCACAGGCUGCCAUACGCAAAGUCAACGGCCACGGCCUCUUGGGAAAUGUCAACAUUGAGGACGAGGAAGAAACUCUAGUGGCAGUCGCCAGGACUGAUGGUUCCGUCAUCCCUAAACGGGUUGACGGGCCGCAAGCAACUGCCACAGCGGGACCCAAACCUUCCUCUGAGGCCAAACCUGCAACAGAUAGCUUUUACCUAGAACCACUGAUGCCUGCCGUGCUCAAAACGGCUAAAGAGAAGUCUGUAUGCCUAAAUAAGGAGGAGGAAAGCGGUGAGGGGCCACGCUCCUCAGGGAGAGGCUCUCUACGCAGAGGGGAUGGAUCUACAUCGGCCGUUCGUAGAAAAGCUCCCUGCAGCCUGAAUCAAACCUUUUCCCCCUCAGGUGAGGAGGAAGACUUGUCAGAGGAGCCUCCUCAGGGUCAGACAGGUUUCAGGCCCAUUGUUACCAGCAGUGUAGACCCCUCGUCCACAGAGCCACCCGGGGGUUUCUACCUGCAUUCAGAUUCUGAAGAACCAAAGUCUGGCCAGUGCCUGGACGCUGAGUUGGAAGAUGUGGAUGAAGAGGAGGAGGAUUUGGAUGAAGCUGUUACCACUAAGGACCCCAACUGGCCCAGGAAAGCUUUUAUUGAGGAAGAUGAAGAAGAAGAGUCAGCCAAACUCCAAGAGGACAUGAAUGUGAAAGAGCACGAGGACAAAGACAUGAACGGUGGCAGCGGUCGGUCCAGCCCCUGUCUCAGCGCUCACUCCCAGGCCAGCAGCAUGGCCAGCGGCAGUGUGCGCAUGACCUCCUUUGCUGAGCGCAAAGCCCAGCAGCAGCGCUUUGGCAGCAACCACGACCUUCGCUCCAGUGCCUCCAGCUCCCAAAGGACCACGCCAGAUGGAUCAGAGAGCAGUGGGCCUCUGACUUCCUCCUGGAAGCUUAAAAGAGACCAGAGCCCCUCCUCACCCUUGGGAGGAUACUCUCGUACAGGCGAUGGAAACGGGGGUGCCAAUGUACUGGCUUCUGAACUUGUCCAGCUUCGUAUGCAGCUGGAGGAGAAGCGACGUGCCAUUGAGCACCAGAAGAAAAAGAUGGAGGUGCUGUCGGCGAGGCAGAGGCAGAAGCUGGGAAAGGCAGCUUUCCUGCAUGUUGUAAAGAAAGGUGGUGGCAAGAGUGACACAUUACCAAACCCACUGAAAGCUGAUAUCUCUAAAGAUGAGCUCAGUGGAGAGAAAGGACCAUCAAGUAAAGAUGAUAUGUGUGUGGAUGCCCUGAGGGGGGACAAGGAGGUGGAGGGAACCACCCCGUCAGGUGCCUUAGAAGGAGACAAGAAAGGGAACAGCGGAAGCUUCUACGUCGAAGAAGAGUUGGACCUGAAUGAGUGCAGCCGCUCCAUCGAGUUGCUGAACGACGCCAUCGGCAGCAUCCAGCAGCAGAUGAUGCAGCUGUCACUGCAGCAGGAGAUGUUGAUGAAACAGAAUGUACAGUCCCCCCCUGGUGCAGCUCCACCUCCUCCUCUCACCGGUGACAAAAACAGUGACUCUAAGGCGGGGGCAAGCUUUCACUUUGUGGAGCACCUCUCCGGCACCAGCACCGCCCCCACCAGGAAACCCCCCAAGCUAAGCUCAGGCCGGGGUUCCAGGUCCAAGCCAUCAGAGCUAAAGAUAGCCAAGGAGCAGGGCCGGCAGUCCUCGAGGACCCUCACCCCCACCCAGAGUGGGUCAGAGACAUUACCACACCCAAGACAGUUAGCUGGGGGCAGGUCCCCCAGGGCGGAGUACCCCGACAGCCCCAGAAACGCCACAGCAGGGGAUACAAUCGACAGGCCGGGCUCUGGCCACAUUCGGAGUGCCACCUUCCGGCUUCGGGACGAGGCGAACUUGCGCCUGCCGACCCGGGUGGACCUGACGGCAGUGGUCGCCUCAGAAGUGUCCUUUGAUGAGUGCCUGUCCAGCACCCUGAGAGAGUCUGAGCUUAAUUCUUCAGACGGUUCAGGGAAAGAGAACAUACCAUCGGACGAGGUGCAGCGCAGCAAAACCCACCUGAUUGAGGUGGAUCUGUCAGAGCUGAAAGCCCCUGAGGAAGAGGGGGCCGCAGAGGACACAACGACAGAAGGAGGUGAUGGAGAACAGAAGUCAGUCAUGGGCUUCUUCUUCAAGGAUGAGCAGAAGGCAGAGGAUGAGCUUGCUAAGAAGAGAGCAGCAUUCUUGCUGAAACAGCAGAAGAAAGCUGAGGAUGCUCGACUCCGUAAACAACAACUAGAAGCAGAAUCUGAGCUCAAACGAGACGAAGCGAGACGGAAGGCUGAGGAGGACCGCUUGCGUAAAGAAGAGGAAAAGACACGGCGGGAGCUGAUAAAGCAGGAGUAUCUGCGGAGGAAGCAACAGGAGAUGUUUGAGGAACAAGGCCUCGUCAAGCCCAAAACCCCAAAGCCGAAGCAGAAACACAGACCCAAGUCUGUCUUCAGAGAGGAAUCCUCCAGCGAUAAUUUCUCCAAGGGCCCUUCCACAUCUGACAACCUGAGCAACGCCCAAUCAGGCUCCAGUCUGUCCCUGGCCUCUGCUGCAACCAACGAGGCCGACAGCGUCAACUCUGGAGGGGCUGGCUCCCAGCGCUGUGACUCUGUGGAGUCGUUUCCAGGCAGUCGUAACAACAGUCGCACUGCAGAGAGAGACUGGGACAACGGCUCCACUGCAUCGUCCAUCACUUCCAUGGCUGAAUAUACUGGUCCCAAAUUAUUCAAGGAGCCUAGUGCCAAGUCGAAUAAGCCAAUCAUCCACAAUGCAAUCUCCCACUGCUGCCUGGCUGGCAAAGUCAACGAGCCACAGAAGAACCAGAUCCUAGAGGAGCUGGAGAAGUGCGAGUCCAACCACAUGAUGAUCCUGUUUCGCGACGGCGGCUGCCAGUUCCGGGCUCUCUACUCGUACUUCCCCGAAACCGAAGAGAUACAAAAGCUGACGGGCACAGGACCCAAGAGCAUCAGCAAGAAGAUGAUCGACAAGCUGUACAAGUACAGCUCAGACCGGAAGCAGUUCACCGUCAUCCCCGCCAAGACUGUGUCGGUCAGCGUGGACGCACUGACCAUCCACAACCACCUGUGGCAGGCCAAGAGGAGUGCUGUGCCAAAGAAAAGCGGAAAAUAGCAGGCCGGGUUUUGAAAAUCCUCUGUCAUGCAGAUCAUCUUAUCCCCACCUUGCUUGUUUCCUGAAUAGACUGCAUUGACGCCAACAGCCAAGCUCACCACCGUGCUUGGUGUGGAAGCCUGCUCGGGAGAGGCUGCAUUUAUGGACGUGGUCGCCUGUAGGUGGACCAAGGGAAACGAGGGAAAAGUUGUGUGUGUGUGCGUGCGUGUGCGUGUGUGUGUGCGUGCGUGUCUCACAGGUGGUCUGAGGAACUGGUGCUUGCAACGAAAUAGGAACGCUGGCUAAAUCUGCUUCCUCUCCCUGUGAUCUCAGUGCGAUCUGUUCAGGUUUCUUUUUUGCCCGGCUCUGUUUUUCUACGACGACCACGACUCAAGCAUGUGGCUUUUUUUUUCUUUGUCUCUCUCAUAUGUGAUGGAUGUAUUUAUUUAUUAGUUCAGCACUGUCAUGGUUGAGAGCUCAGCUGCAGCACUAAAGUCCUUCCUUCUGUCCGGAAACACCUCUCCUUUGGAAGAAUUUCGGACAAAAGGAGCGGCGACAUCGGGGGAUUUCUGGUGCUCUUGUCAGAAACUCCGACGCAAGGGACCUUUGUAUAACCCUUGAGGCCUGUCGGACUGCUUUGCUGUCUUGACAAAAACCACAAUCUCUUCCUGCGUGGACUGUCGAAUUUGUUGAAUCUGUCGAAUCAGGCUGGCAUUGCCGAUUUUGCCUCACCAGGGAUCCAAAAACCUGCUGCUCUGAACUGUCUUCUUCUUUUGUCACGGGGGAGCUCCUCCUCAGGUCUCCCUCAGACAUCCGUUGGCCUUUCACGCAUCGUGGUACUAUCGUCUAUUUAUUCAACCGCUUUUUAUUCGAGACGCUGAUCGUGUAGCACUGGAUAUGUGUAAAGCAAAAAAAAACAAAAACAAAAACAAAACAAAAAAGUUAACAACGGUCAUUUUAAAUACUUUUAUUUGUUAAAACAUCCUUUAUUCUUGAGGGUGUCAAAAGUGGGUGAAUGAUGAUUUUGGUACACAAAUGAUGCUUUUUUUGUUUUAGCUUUUUUUUAUUAUUAUUAAAGCAAUGUGGUAUAGAGUUUGAGCUGAUGUUAUGUGUUUUCAUCAUAACGGGAAUUCUCUGAUGUUUAGAGCUUAGUUGUGUUUUCUCUCUCCACUGGGCACUCUUGAAUUGUCCUGUAUAAAGGUGCACUCAUGAACACUUGUCGAUGGCUUCUUCCAUGCAAUGUAACCCCCCCCCCUAAACUCCCCUCCCUAAGUGUUUUUGUCGGCCUGUCCCAUUUUUAACCACGAGAGCAGCACACACACACGCACACACGCACUCUUGUUGUGAAGAGUGUUCUCGUGCUGCUCUGUAACCGGUUCAAAUGACAGUAUUUGAUAUAUUCGCAAAGGGGUUUCUGUGUGCGGGCGGGUGGGGGGCUGUGGUUCAGUUAUGUACCAACAUUAAAGAACAUUCCUCCCAGGUGUUGACAAACACUGCCACAUCGUCUCACUCUUUCUCUCUGUCCUUUCAAAAAUCAUCAGAAGUGCUUUUUUAGAAACCGUUUGUUGGCCUCGAGAACAACCAGAAGUGUUGCACGAGCACUUUACUUUCUGUUUGUUUGGGGAAUUUUACCUUUUGAACAGGCAUAAAAACUAAGAACUAAUCAAUAACACUGCUGUUGUGCGCGCCGUAAAUUGUGAAAACUAAACCAAACACUAAGAUGAUAUACUACUGCUGUCUCCAAAAACAGAAUACUUGAUUUCUCAUUUUGCUGCAUUUUGGUUUGUUUUGGGGGCAUUUGGGUGGGGGAGGUGGCAGAUCUUUAUUUGUAUGUGAGUGUAUUUUUAUGUUCACUCAAAGAUUGUACUGGCAUUUGGUCACCAUUUUUGUUACACUAGUGUAAUUUUCAUCCUUGUUGAUUUUAUCUUUGAUCCCAUGCCAUCUAUUUAUUUUCAAAAUGUGGAAGCACUGAA